CUCGCCUAGGGGCCAUGGCAGCAGUGGCGACUGCAGCCGAGGGGGUCCCGGGUCGGGGGCCUCCCGGGGAGGUGAUUCAUCUGAACGUGGGGGGUAAGAGAUUCAGUACCUCCCGUCAGACUCUCACCUGGAUUCCAGAUUCCUUCUUCUCCAGUCUUCUAAGCGGACGCAUCUCCACGCUAAAAGAUGAAACUGGAGCGAUCUUCAUCGACAGGGACCCCACCGUCUUCGCCCCAAUCCUCAACUUCCUGCGCACCAAAGAGUUAGACCCCAGGGGUGUCCACGGUUCCAGCCUUCUCCAUGAAGCCCAGUUCUAUGGGCUCACUCCUCUGGUUCGUCGCCUGCAGCUGCGGGAAGAGCUGGAUCGAUCUUCUUGCGGAAAUGUCCUCUUCAACGGUUACCUGCCCCCACCAGUGUUCCCGGUGAAGCGAAGGAGUCGGCACAGCCUGGUGGGGCCACAGCAGAGCGGGGGGCGCCCAGCCCCUGUUAGACGGAGCAACACGAUGCCCCCCAACUUGGGCAAUGCAGGGCUGCUGGGUCGCAUGCUGGAGGAGAAAGCCCCUCCUUCUCCCUCGGGGCUACCAGAGGAGCCAGGGAUGGUACGCCUGGUGUGUGGACACCACAACUGGAUCGCAGUGGCCUAUACCCAAUUUCUUGUCUGCUACAGGCUGAAGGAGGCCUCUGGCUGGCAGCUGGUGUUUUCCAGCCCCCGCCUGGACUGGCCCAUCGAGAGGCUGGCGCUUACAGCUCGAGUGCUCGGUGGGGCUUUGGGUGAGCAUGACAAGAUGGUGGCAGCGGCCACAGGCAGCGAGAUCCUGCUGUGGGCACUGCAGGCAGAAGGCGGUGGCUCUGAGAUAGGAGUCUUCCAUCUGGGGGUGCCUGUGGAGGCCUUGUUCUUUGUCGGAAACCAGCUCAUCGCCACAAGCCACACGGGGCGCAUUGGGGUGUGGAACGCUGUCACCAAGCACUGGCAGGUCCAGGAGGUGCAGCCCAUCACCAGCUAUGAUGCAGCCGGCUCCUUCCUCCUUCUCGGCUGCAACAACGGCUCCAUCUACUACGUGGAUGUGCAGAAGUUCCCCCUUCGCAUGAAGGACAAUGACCUCCUUGUCAGCGAGCUCUACCGGGACCCGGCGGAAGACGGGGUCACCGCUCUCAGCGUCUACCUCACGCCCAAAACCAUCUGUGCGGACAACAACCACGUGCGGACGUGGUCUGUGACGCGCUUCCGCGGCAUGAUUUCCACCCAGCCCGGCUCCACCCCGCUCGCUUCCUUCAAGAUCCUGGCGCUGGAGUCGGCAGACGGACAUGGCGGAUGCAGCGCGGGCAAUGACAUUGGCCCCUACGGCGAGCGGGAUGAGCAGCAAGUGUUCGUUCAGAAGGUGGUGCCCAGCGCCAGCCAGCUCUUCGUGCGUCUCUCGUCCACUGGGCAGCGGGUGUGCUCCGUGCGCUCCGUGGACGGCUCCCCCACCACCGCCUUCACGGUGCUCGAGUGUGAGGCCUCCCGGCGGCUCGGCUCCAGGCCAAGGCGCUACCUGCUCACUGGUCAAGCCAAUGGCAGCCUGGCCCUGUGGGACCUGACCACUGCCAUGGAUGGCCUCGGCCAGGCCCCUGCAGGUGGCCUGACAGAGGAAGAGCUGAUGGAACAGCUGGAGCAGUGUGAGCUGGCCCCACUGGGCUCCUCCAGGGGCUCUCUCCCCAGCCCCUCGCCCCGCAUUUCUCUUACCAGUCUCCACUCAGCCUCCAGCAACUGCUCCCUGUCUGGGCGCCGUGGGAGCCCAAGCCCCCUGCAGGCCGAGGCCCGGCGCCGUGGGGCAGGCAGCUUCGUGGAACGCUGCCAGGAACUGGUGCAGAGUGGGCCAGAGCCCCGACGGCCACCAACGCCAGCCCCCCGACCCUCCACGGGUCUUGGGGCUCCCCUCACUCCACCCAAGGUGAAGGUCAAUGAAACUUCCUUCUGAACACAGCUGCCAUAGUGCCUUUGGAUACCCUGGUCCUGGUGGACUCAGGUGCCUCCUUGCUUCCUGGGUUUAGGGCCAGGGGUUCCUUGGAAUGAUCACUGUUACUAAGCCCUCAUCUUGCCCCUUUUCUGGAAGCCAAAGUCACCCUCCCCUGAAUAAAGUCCUCACU